AUGUUAACUGAAGAGUGCACUGCCAUUUUACAAAAUAAGUUGCCACCAAAGCUUAAAGAUCCAGGGAGUUUUACUAUUCCUUGCACCAUUGGAAACUCCUAUUUUGGAAAAGCUUUAUGUGAUUUAGGUGCUAGCAUAAAUCUGAUGCCUUUUUCUAUUUCAGAUUUUAUCGUUUUAGAUAAGGAGGAAGAUCGAGAAAUCCCACUUCUUCUUGGUCGACCGUUCUUAGCCACAGGAAGAACUCUAAUAGAUGUGCAACAAGGGAAACUAAUACUACGGGUGCAAGAUGAACAAGUUACAUUUGAGGUGUUUGAAGCAAUGAAAUAUCCGUCAACAACUGAUACAUGCUUCAACAUAGACGUGAUUGAUGAACUUGUGGUAGAAAAUUUUGAAGAGAGUCAUCUUGCCGAACCACUUGAGGCAUGUCUUGUUCAAUCCGGCACUACCGAUUCCGACAAUUCCAAAAUAAGCAAUUGUGCACACUACUUGGAAGCAUCUCCGCCUUACUUGCCAAAAGGGAAGUUGGAAUACUUAACAUUGGGCGAAAGCACUACGCCACAAAAGCCAUCCAUUAUUGAGACCCCUUCUUUAGAACUGAAACCUCUUCCUUCUCAUCUUAAAUAUGCUUAUUUACAUGAUUCUUCUUUACCCGUAAUAAUUUCUUCAUCUUUGACAGGCCUUGAAGAAGAAAAGUUGGGGUACGAUAGAGCCUGGAGAAAAGAGUUUUUUUCACCAUUGGAGAAGAAUUAG